UUCCCUGGGCAAAACAUCCAUCAUCCCCAAGUCCAGCAAUACAUGAGGGAACUACUUGGCUGUAAUCAAGCCACUGAGUACAAUAACAACAACAACUACAACGGCGGUGGUGCUAUUAUGAACAAUUGCAAUGGACCGCGCAGCUCGAAGUCGGAAGGUGGGGGAGCGUCUGGUGAUAACAGCUCAUCUUUCCGUGGAGCAGAUGUCCAGAAUAGCGGCCGAGUCAUCAACUAUGACGCACCUCCUGCUGGACAAGGUCAACAGGGUUCUUCCUCUAACAAUCCUGCUGCGAAACGACAGAGAAACGACAGCCGCGAACGACCACAGGAGCAGCAACCAGGUGGAGGGCGGAUCGUCCCUUUUGGACAACAACACGGCGCUCCUGUGACGUUGUCAGAUGUUGAAAGUUGGGUGAAGACGGAAAUCACCAAGGCCCUUGAGGAGAUCAGCGAUCCACCAAAAUACGUCGUAGAAGGUGGCGAACUACUGGUGACCCAGGCUGAAGCUAAUGGUUGCAAGGAGGUGAUGAAGGAUCUGGAUCUGAAAAAUAUCGCAAAGAAGUUGCCACAGACUGUUCUGGCGGAGCUCCUUCAACUCAACCCUAUCAGCGGGCCGAUUCAGAGAAACAUCCAGAUGCUCAAGAACCUUAUUGGCAAGGCAGCCAAAUCCGUUUUCAAGUACUGGAACCGUGGAGACGUUGCUAAUACUAUCUCGGCGGCUAUUGGCUUCCGACAAAAUGGUGAUGCCAACGGAACCAUUGCAGUGAUGUCGAUUCUUUUCCUCAAGAAGAUGCAAAAGGAGAACCAUCCCGAUAUCGUCAACGCCGAGUAG